AUGUGGACAGCUCUGAAACUUCGUGUUGGCCGUCGGGUCAUCGGAGAAGCUCCAAUGAAGAAGCAAGACUACCAGCCGCAAGGGCGCCAGACACAACACGACCGUGGACGCCAUCCCGCUGACUCAGAGGUCCCCUGCACUAUCUGCACACUAAAAUUCCCCGACAGAGCCACGUUGAAAGAUCAUUUGCGCCAAAUGCACCGGCGGCGGCUAUUCGAAUGCACGGCCCCAGCGCACUCCGCCGGAAAAUCCGAGCAGUGCCAGUACAUAACGCACCUCUGCAGAUCAUUACGUGCCCACGUAUUCCGUGUACAUCCUGGGUAUACCGUCAAUCAGAGAGACGAAACAAUCCCAGUAGGGCGCGCGCCUCUCCACCUACAGGAAGUUCCGUUAUCAUCGUACACACUACGACCUGUCAUCUCGGUAUGCGAUGUGCGCCUGCCGUUCCCGCAGUACGCAUUGGCCUCUAUGCGGCGAGAAGAAGGCGUGUCGGCUAGGCCGGGAGCAGGCAUGGCGCACGCUGGGCCCAGCAUCCGGCGUGCGCCAGUGCAGAUGCAAAUAUCGGCAGACGAUCGUGUCUCCCCGAUGAUAUCGGCCUACGCGCCACUCGCGACGGAGAGCACUGUGACCGCGAGACGAAUGUCGUGGUACGAGACUGUGGGGAUUCCUGAUAGACAGCCUGUGUCUGGAAAUGCGGGUAGCGGUGUCCUGAUGUAUGCCUUGCUGGAUGGCCAGACUGCGACUGUAUCGUUGCCCGUGGAUAGACAGCCUGUGUCUGGAAAUGCAGGCCCGGGUAGCGAUGUCCUGACGCAUGCCUCGCUGGAUACCGAGAUUGCACCUGUGUCGUUGCCCGCGCGCUCCUGGAGAGCUGUCGUGGGUAUUGACUCUCCCCCCUCGAUGCAACGGUGA